CGACAUACCAUUUCGAUACGCGAUAGAGGCGCACAGCAUUGACCAUACGCACGCUAUCAGCGUCGAUUCUCUCGCGGUGAUAGUUUGCCCACCGAUAGUGCGCAGCGUGAAUCUAUUUUUAUCCGGCUGCGAACGGAACACUGGCAACGUCUCACAAAGUCGUGCACGGCCGUGUUUCUCGAGACGCCCUUGGGAACGUUGCUGGUCGCGCAGUGCAUUGGAUUUCGGCGUAGUUGCGCGUUCCCUCCAAGAAACUAGAAGACGACCGCACUGCAUGUCGCUGUCUUCUAUGCCGUCCGAACUAAUUUAAUUCCGCCGACUCGAGUAUCGAGCUGCUACUCGUCGUCAGGAGCAUACGGAAACCUGAGUUCAAAAGUGAUUGCUCGUUGCUGUGACGAUCGGAAUCGUCUCUGCACGCCGCCAUUGUGCCCAUUGCUGCGCGGGAAAAUGACUAUAACCGUAGCGAUGGCCCUCUCUGGCUUGGAACCGGAGCAAUGGAACGACGGCCUCAAGGAGAUCUAUAUGCAGGGAGCGAUUUUGUUUCCGAAGAGCCCCAGCUCACUAUCGCUAGCAUCUUCGGGCGCAUCGUCGUACUACUCACUUGAGAGUGGGAUCUCUUCCAUGUCACCAGACUCAGCCUCAUACAACCAGUUCCUUCUCAACGAUCUCGAUGUUCUUGGCUUGGAUGGCAUUAUUCAGGUGCAGGAUAUAAAUGACGACAACAUACAUAAUACUCCACGUGACGACGUAACGAAACUGGGUGAGAAGCCCGCGUGCGAAACUACACUCGAAGAGAGCAACAACGAAUACGCAUCACCAUCAUCCCGAGCACUGAACGAACAACAGCACCAAGAGGAUUUGAUCGCUUCGAUCGAAGCACUCGCCGAAGAAGACAGCACCCCCAAAAUAAAACCCAAUAAGGUGUACUCGCAGGUAAUGUACGGCAAACGCAACGUGUUGAAUCUCGCCGCCAACAUCAGCUUCGGGGGCUGGCAGUACCAACCCGCCGCCCUGCCAGACAGCAUCAACCGAUUCUACUUUGAAAACCGAUCUCAGUAUUCGCGCUUGCAGGAUGCGUUCCCCCCGAAGCAUACCAAAAUGACGUGCAGAGAUAAAGACUGCGGCUUCGUCGAGACGAGUUACUUUUAACACGCUUGACGACAUUUUCCACACGCGAGAAUGCUAAACCAAAUACACACCAAAACGACCAGGGCGAUUAGAGUUGUCAAAAAAUUAUAGACGAGGCGCAACGUGUUUUUUAGAUUAUUGCGACAAAACGGCUUGAACACGAUGUCACAGCGCGUUGCUUUCAACAUUAUUAGGUAAACCCCCGCGACUAGCGAUGUACAGCGCUGCGUAUUGCACAAUCAUUAAACAAACGCAGCGUUUCAACCAUCGUCGCCAGCGUGAAACAAAAUUAUUCGACAGAUCUUUCUACAUGUUACAAACUUUGUGAUAAGAGGCAAUAUUUUUUUAUUAAUAUAUCAAUAACUUAACUACCUAACGUAAACUUUGUUAAUACGAAUUUUGCCAAGUUUUUGAAUAUUGGCAUAAUGAUAACGAUACGCGUCCGAAGCGAUUUGAGAAAUAUUAUAGAUUUGAAUGCAAUAAUGAAGUAUCGUCAUUACGCGCUUAAGUUCGUAAAGGUGGUGUUCGAUUCAUUCUUGUUUUAAAUACUAGUCUGCAUUUUAUUGACACUCUUGACACAAAUUAAUCUUUAUUUACGUGCACAUAAGAAUGCCUGAUCAUUAUGAAGGUGAAGACGAGUAAAUUUUAAAAAACCAAAACCAAUUUUAGAUUUGCCAAAUAAAAUUUUAGAGUAAUAUUUUUCGAUCAACGUAUAUAUUCAUUAAAAUCGUAGAGAAAAUCUCAUUGUUUCAUCAAAAAUUUUCUACAACUUAUUGAUCUUAACGAUGAUAAUUUUUAUUGAGAUUGAACUGAUUCAAGAGUACUAAUCAUAGCGUAAUAAAAACGUCCUGAUGAAAAUAAUUGCCAAAUCAAGAUUGACAUAUUUAUUGGAUAUAAUAAUUGUUGUCGGUUCGUUAUCAACCGUUUUUGCGUUGAUAGCAUAUUAUAGUAGUUUAGUACAAAUUGUACCUUACCUCAUUUUAGAGUGAAUACUGUUUCUGUUCAUUAUUAUAAAAUAUAAAAGCAAUUGUUCCUACACCGCAUUAAACGCUAUCGGAAGCGAUGUGAAAAUUAUAAUGACUGUUGAAAUUCUUCCAUGUUGGGAACGUUGCGAGUCGAUUACGUUAAUGGAGUAAUUUAUUUCGAUGGAUUUCUACAUAGAUUAUAUAGAAUAUCUAGCAUAAGUUGUCAUUGAGUUACCUACAUUCGUUCACGUACGUGAAUUGCGCUAAUCAUUUAACACACACAUACACGUAAAACGUAGCUCUAGUAUUAAUACGAACAAGAACAAUUAAGUCGGAAUUGAAAACAGAAAUUAAUUGAGUUAUAAUAUAAAGUAAAUAUAAAUUCAUCGAUUGAGUAAUGAUUGAAACGCAACAAAUCGCUAUUUAAGUUCUUUUUGUGAUUAAUUAUUUGUGAUAACUUGUUGUUUUAUUUGUUUUUAUAAUAGUAGUUAAUUUUUUGUGUUUUCUUAAGUAACGAAUAUCACUUCCAUAUUGUUUCACUGACUUCAAUCAAUUAAUCAAUCAAAAUUGUUCAUGUUAGGCUCAAAUCAACCGAAUCUGUAAUGAGAAAUCUAUAAAUUCGCUGAGUAUUGAAGUGCCUUAAUAAUAGUCGUGGUAAUAACGAAAUGAAAUUUUAUAUUUUAUACGCCUAGUCUUACAGCUCUUAUCAGAUAAGCUGAUAACGAUGAUAAACUGAUGUAAUAAUGUUUUGUUCCAAUCGCAAAUAUGAAGUUGUACUUAUCUUUAGUUCUAUUUUGAAUCUUACUAUGUUAAUGUAAAAUGUAAGAAAACACCAUACUUAAUUUUUUAAUGUGUCAAACCAAAAGUGAUUUAUCGUCUGUAUUAGAAAAGCUAAUGUGAAAUUAUUUAUAAAUUCCUUUAACAAUAGUUAAACAAACCGUCAAUGAACAAUCGAAUUUUCUGUUUGGAUAAUUCAGAUAAUAUAAGAAUGACAAUAUGAAAUUUAUUAAUUCCAUUUUUUAUAAAUUAUGUCACGAAUGAAUAAGUUCUUGUUUUUUUAACUGUAAGUUACGUUUCUUUUCAUCCUUAUUUUUCCAAUAUUCAAAAUAUAAUUAUAAUUACUUGUAAUAGUUUCAUACUAUUUGUAGGCAUUAUUAUGUUUGUUAUUAUGCGUUAGUAUUUUUGGCAACCUGUUUGUGCAUUGAAAUGGUUUGAACAUACACUGUAGAUGUAUAUUGGUUAUAUGGUGGGGGAGUGACUUGAUCGAGUGCGCUUAAAAUGUUAAGCGACAAGCAAAAAAAUGUAUUGAAUUCAUUGAUGGUCAGGUAUCAUACGAAGUAAGACUGCGGCAGUGAUUAUUGCCGAAACUGUUGGUACAUUUAUGUUUGAAACGACGAUAUAUAUAUAUAUAUACAUAGAUAAUAAACUUUUCUUGUUAUAUUGA